GUUUAUGCGCGGACCUGGGAGCGUCUGUACUGUCGUGACGUUCGCCUUCGGAGAGUCCUCCUACGCCGAUUGGCCGUGCUCUGGAGCCACGUGACGGCGCGGCGGGGAAACGGGCUUGGAGCGAGAUCCCCUGGCUAAGGUAGGACGGCGGGGAAAUAGGAGAGAGUUAUAACUGCGCAUGUGCGGUCGGCGUUGGAGGAGGAAGCGGCGUGAGAGGAGGACCCGGGUCGGCUUGGCAGUUGUGGUGCUUUUACAGGGCAGUGGGAACUGGUGCAGGAGGAAGAAGAAGGAGGAUUUGAACUAUGAGGAUUAACCAAAACACAGUACUACAGGGGAAGAGGGUUACCCUGGUACCAUAUACUGCUGCACAUGUACCCAGAUAUCAUGAGUGGAUGAAGUGUGAAGAACUGCAGCGUCUGACUGCAUCUGAGCCACUAAGCCUUGAACAAGAAUAUGAGAUGCAAUGCAGUUGGCGAGAGGAUGCAGACAAAUGCACGUUCAUAAUACUUGAUACAGAUAAGUGGUCUAGGCAGACAGCUACAGAAGAAGAAUGCAUGGUAGGAGAUGUGAACUUGUUCCUCACAGACCCUGAAGAUCCAUCAGUGGGUGAGAUAGAAAUCAUGAUUGCAGAGUCCAGCUAUCGUGGCAAAGGCUUUGGCAAGGAAGCCACGCUGAUCAUGAUGUCUUAUGGAAUGACACAUCUUGGACUCCUCACCUUUGAGGCUAAAAUUGGAUUGGAAAAUGAACCCAGUAUCCAUAUGUUCAAAAAGAUUCAUUUUAAGGAGGUGGGAAUAAAUAGUAUCUUUCAAGAAGUGACACUAAGAAUGAAUGUGGAUGAACAAGAGAGGCAGUGGCUACUUGAGCAAACCAGUCAUGUGGAUGAGAAAAAAUACAGUGUCAUGAAACUGCAAAAUGAGAUUUGUGACAGCUGACACAGGGAAACUUCUAAUUCCACUAGACCUCUGAAUUAUGGACUGACUCCACAAUAUUUGCAAGACACAGAGAAUUCAGUUAUCAACUAUAUCUUUUAAACCAUCUGCCCUCCUUGCAACUACGCUGAAUCUGGAUUUCAGCAGCUCC